CAGUUCGCGUGUGCGCGCUCUCCUCCGUAUACGCGCGUAAACGUAACGCGAUCGUACAUCGUCAGUGUGCGAUAAUUAAUAGUAAAAAUAAUGAUGAUAAUAAUACAAUAUUAAUCGUACGCGACGAAAUUUUUAACGUUUUACAAAAGUGCGUUACGCCGGGCUGGUUUAAAAAUAGCUCCGGAUCGCCGUGCCUUACGCCCAUACCGUCAUUACGACGCGUAUAAAAUAGAUUAUUAAUAUUCAUAAGAUAUUGAUGGACCUGCUACAGCUGCAGUCGUAAAUCGUAUUAAUAUUGUGCAUGCGUCGUGAUCCCCGUCAAUAUAAUAUUAUACGCAUUAUCGCGCAGAUAAUAUUUUGAUUCGCCGCGUCUUGUCUCGUUCGAUCGAUGCCCGUCGUCGGUCGGUAACUGCGUCGCCGUGGCGCGCGAAUUCCGUUGGCCCUCGACGGGCGCUGGAAGCACGUUUAAGUGAUAAUAACGCCACGCAAACAGCCGACCGCGGCUACCAGCAUACGGGACGGCCCCGGGGGCAUGCCGCCGGUUUCGUAGGGCUCCACCGGCCCAUUAUGCGCACAGUCCGGACGGGUAUCAUCAUCAAGGCGUUGUUUUGGAACAUUUUGUUGGCCGUCAACUUUAGAUUCGCUCGGUGAUAAAAACAAAUGAAUAAAUGCGAACGUCACGUGAACGGUGACUAUAAUAAUUAUACUGUACAUCAUCACGACGAAAGUAAGUACCUACUGCAUCCGCCAUAUCUCGACGAAUCUCGCUGUAUAGAUUAUUGCACGCGCGGACAACGAUCGAAAUAACCGUCCGUGUGGUGUUUGCCGAUGCGAGAAACAAAUGGCAAUACUAUAAUACUUAUUAGGGUAUUGGCAAGCGCGUUUGGUGCCCAAGUGAUUUGCAACAAGAUAGUCGGACUGACGGCAGGUCAACGGAGGAUUUGCGCCGCUGCACCUGACGCGAUGGCUGCCGUCGGUCACGGCAUACGGAUGGCCAAACAAGAAUGCCAACAACAGUUUAGUACACAUCGGUGGAACUGUACGGGACCGUCAAAAGGCAACCCGUUUGGACACUUACAAAUCACCGCAAGCCGAGAAGCGGCGUACAUGUACGCUGUGAUCAGUGCCGGUGUGACGUACGCGCUGAUGGACGCGUGCAGCCGGGGCAACAUAUCCAUAUGCGGGUGCGACGCGCACUACCCGAGUGCCUUGGACGACGGGCCGACAUCUUCCACGUGGAAAUGGGGUGGGUGCAGCGUGGACUUGGGCUUCGGCAUGGGAUUCGCCCGCAAGUUCCUGGACGCCCAGGAAUCGGACGCUGGCGAUUCUCGGAGUCUGAUGAACUUGCACAACAACAAGGCCGGCAGAAAGAUUGUCAAGAUGUUGUUGAACACAGACUGCAAGUGUCAUGGGGUGUCCGGGAGUUGUACGAUGAAGACAUGCUGGCACAGUUUGCCACACUUCCGGGAAGUCGGCAAAGCUCUUAUGCGAAAGUACCGGAAGGCACGUAGCGUCCAGGCUGCCGGGACUACAACCGCUGUCAGCGGUGGUAAUCCACAGAGAGCUUCCGGCAAACGGUCGUCAAGACGACUAAGGCUCAGGCUCAGGUCAGCCAGGUCAGCGGCGACUGGGUCAGCAGACGAAGAGGAGCCGAAGAUCACCGAACUCGUCUACCUGGAACAGUCACCAAACUACUGCGACCGAGACUUUGGCACCGGGUCGCUUGGCACGUACGGCCGUUCCUGUAACCGGACUUCUGAGGGCACGGACGGCUGUGACCUGAUGUGUUGCGGACGCGGGUACAACACGCACCAGUUCACCAGGACCAAACAGUGCCGGUGCACGUUCUAUUGGUGCUGUUACGUCAAGUGCGACACGUGCGUGGAACGGACCGAAGAAUACAGUUGUAAAUGACGUGCUCGCAUUAUGUAAAUUAUAUAAUAUAACGUGUAAUUGUUACGCUGUUUAUAAACUUAUCGUAUUUUUUUUAUUUUUUUUUGUAUCGUCCACAUGUUCCAAUAAUAUUUUAUACGAUAUUUUAAUUUAUAUUACAACACAAUAUUAUAAUAAUUUAUAGGUAUAUAUUAUAAUUUGAAAUUUUACAAAUAAAAUUACCGUUCCAGUUGUGUACAAUAAUAUAAUAUGCACUGUGCAGUCGUGUGACCGAGCGAGUCAUUUUUUCCCUCUAACCAUCGGAAUUGACCGCCUGACCGAUAGCUGUUGAUUUUUUAAGCAGCCAAUGUAGUGAGGUACAAAUAAAUUGGGAUAAAUUCUUUUAACGUAUAAACUAGUAAUAACUAAUAAAAAAAUUGAACUAAUUUCAUAAAAUCGUCAAUUUCCCUUA